AUGGGGUCACCGUUGUCCAGCUUGAUUGCUGAGGCAGUGUUACAGCGACUGGAGGCACUGGCCUUCGAUUACUAUCGGCUACGAUUGUGGGUACGGUGUGUUGAUGACACAUCUGUCAUCAUCAAUCGGGACAAGAUUGGGAAAUUCACGCAACAUCUGAACUCCAUCUUCCCAGAUAUCCAGUUCACGAUGGAGGAGGCCCAGAAGACGGUCAUGCCAAAAUACGAAGUGGGCGAGCGGUCAGUUAGCAACACCGAGUCGGGUCUGACUCUAGAAAUUCAUGUCCCGGAGACUUAA